AUGCUUCAAGCCAUCAAAUAUGACCAGGGUAACCUGGAGAUCCUGGAUCAGCUACAACUUCCCUUUGUCGAAAAAUACAUUCCGAUUCGGACUGCCGAGGAUGGGUGGAAUGCGAUCAAGGACAUGAAGGUUCGAGGCGCCCCCGCCAUUGCGAUCGUCGCCAUGUUGGCGCUCGCCUCCGAAUUACAUACUCUUCAAAGCGCAGAGAAGAUCCCGGCAUCUUCAGAGGAGACCAAGGCGUUGAUUGCAAAGAAGCUCGAAUAUCUGGUCACAAGUCGCCCAACUGCGGUGAACCUGGCCGAUGCAGCACAGAAGCUGGGAGCCGUGGUAACCUCCCAGGCCGAGCAGUCGGGAGCGACAGGCCAGAGUGUGGUGUCAGCCUUCAUUCGCGGCGCAGAAGAGAUGAUGGGCAAAGACCUGGAGGACAAUCAACGCAUUGGACAUCAUGGAGCGGAGUGGAUCAUGGCCAAUGCGACGAAACUGGGUGUGUCUGAUGUGGCCGUCUUGACGCACUGCAACACAGGCUCGCUCGCCACGUCCGGCUACGGCACUGCCCUGGGCGUCAUACGCUCGCUCGUCUCCAAGAACAAUCUACGCCACGCCUACUGCUCCGAGACCAGACCCUACAAUCAAGGCUCCCGCCUAACCGCCUUUGAAUUUGUGCACGAUAAGAUUCCCGCUACUCUGAUCACGGAUUCCAUGGCCGCCGCUCUGCUGGCAGACCCCAAAGCCGGCGUCAACGCCAUUGUGGUUGGCGCAGACCGAGUGGCCGCCAACGGAGACACGGCCAACAAGAUUGGCACAUACAGUCUUGCGGUACUGGCCAAGUAUCACGGCGUCAAAUUCUUGGUCGCCGCACCUCGCACCACCAUCGACCUGGCCACCAAGUCAGGCAACGAGAUCGUCAUCGAGCAGCGCCCAGCUGCUGAAAUGACCAACAUCAAGGGUCCUCGCGCCGGAGCCCCCGCUGUCGAUGGCAAUGUCGCCUUGGAGACCGUCUCCAUUGCUGCUCCCGGUAUCAAUGUGUGGAACCCAUCCUUUGACGUCACGCCCGCGGCCCUGAUCGACGGUAUCAUCACAGAGGUGGGAGUUGUGGAGAAGGGAUCGGAUGGUCUGUUCCAUAUGGAGGUUCUGUUCAACGGCGCGGCUCCUCAGGCUUGA